AUGCCGGCCUCCCGCCACGCCCGCCAACACCACCACCAGCCAAGAAGGCCCGGCGGUUGUCUGGAACGGUGGUGUUCACAUCACCGUGAACGCCCCCCGCCUCCUCGCUCCUCCUCGGCGGGCGCCGCCCCUCCGCGCGCCAAGCCCACCAAGCCCGCCAAAAAGCCGCGUCGGCGGAAGCGCCCUGAUAAGGACCAAAAAAAGGCCGCAAUGGCCAAAAAGAAAGAGGGGGAGAAGAAGAAGAAAGAAAGGAGGCCGACGCCAGCAUCAGUAUAG